GCAAACGUUCUCAAACCUUAAAAGUCUAGUAGCCAUGGCGUUGUCUCGUCGUCACGUCCUCUUAGCUCUUCUCGCCUGUUGCUUCACACUAGUAGUAGUGGCUGCUGCAUUCCCUCACCAUGGUCGUGAUGAGGAUCGCGAGGGUCCCAACUUCUGGUACGCUCCCGAGGAGCUCGACCCGGAUGCUGGCUUUAAGUUCAUGUUUGAUCGUUGGAGAGCCGAGCACUCGAGAGUGUAUGCCGAGAGAGCCGAGGAGGAGCGUAAGUUUGAGCUCUUCAAGCGUAAUGUGAGGAUGCUCCACGACUACUAUAGGAACCUCCGGCUCUACUGGCUGGGCCUGGACCAUCUUCCGGACCUGGAUCACGAGGAGUUCAAGCCUCGUCUGCCAUCUCGGGUUGCUUCGCCUGUCCUGCGGACCAAAGUCGAUCAUUCUGAUGAGCCUCCUGAGCCGAGGAGGCCUCCGUUUCCUCACGUUCCAGAAGCUGUCGACUGGAGGAAGGAGGGGGCUGUGACGUCCGUGAAAGAUGUUGGUAACUGCACUGGUGGAGGCUGGGCCUUUGCAACUGCUGGAGCGGUGGAGGGCCUGAACAAGAUCGUCACCGGGAACUUGGUGGAGCUCUCGGCCCAAGAACUCAUCGACUGCGAUGUCUACAAUGGCGGAUGCGACUACGGCUUCCCGCAGGACUCUUUCGUCUACAUUCAGAAAACGGGGCUGGAAGCAAGCGCCUCGUAUCCUUACAUCGGGAAAAACAGCACCUGCCACAUCGGGAAUCCAUACAAGGUGUUCAUCGAUGGUUUCGACACACUGCGGGGCUCUCUGUGUGCUCCCGGAGUUUCAGCUUCCGAUAUUGAAGAAGAGUUAAAGAUGAGGGUCGCACAGCAGCCAGUCACGGCUCUCAUUGAUGGUUCCUCUAAAGAUUUUGUAAAAUACACUGGAGGAAUCUUCAAAGGGCCUUGCCACAGCACUGGAGACACUGGACUCACCGCAGUGUUGAUCGUUGGCUAUGGAAGCGACAACGGGGACGAUUACUGGAUCUUAAAGAACUCGAGAGGAACCAAAUGGGGUGAGCAAGGAUACAUGAAGAUUCAGCGUGGAACUGGACUCUAUGGAGGCCGUUGUGGAAUCAACAACUAUGUUUUCUUCCCUCGCAAGUUCUGAAAGAACAGGAAAAGUAGUCGUCAGAACUUUCGUAUGUCUAUUUGAACUACUUCCUUCAGUCACUGUUUGGUCCAAUGCCCAUGCAAAUGAAAUAUGAUCAACAAUAGUUACCAGUC